GUGGCGUCACGGAAGAGGAAGCCGAGUGGCGGGAAUCAAGAGUUAAAAUUAUGGCGUUUUAAAAGUGGAACAGUGAUUGUAACAGUUAGCGUGAUAAAGUUAGCUGUUCCUUUAGCAUCUUUAACCUGGUCAGAGCUAACAGGAAGGCCCUCCCGACUGCCGGAGCAGACCAGGCAUGAGUGGCGCACACCUGGAGGAAUGGCAGCACAGGUCCUUUGACAUUUCAUCUGGCAGCUGCACACCUGAACAGAAGGCCGACGCCUACCGGGCCCACAUCCUCUCCAUUCAGUAUGCAUGGGCAAGCUCCCAGCUUUCUCAGGCCGGCGCGGCCGGUCUGCUCAGGACCUAUUCGGAGCGCUACGCCGCCGUGCUGGACUCGGAUGACCCCCAAACGGGGCUCAACAACUAUGCAGAGAGCGCUCUCCAUCUGGCCCGCAGUCAGAGGAACCUCAGCGACAAAUGGGAGUCGUCGCUAACGGCGGAGAGCGUGCUGCGGAUUCCCUCAGUGCAGAGGAUGAUUCCGGCGAGUUCAGGAAGAGAAAGCUUCCUGGUGGCACCAGCAGAUGUUGACAUACCUGUGGGACACGAGAGCAGAGGGGACCCCGCCUCAGCUCAGGUUCAGUUUACCGCAGCCAGUCGAGCACCGUCCAGCUCCGAGGUUAACAACGUUAUCAGGAAUCUAACAGAGAGACCGAGAACUUCAGAUGGGAUCUCAGUUAAUUCAAGCGUUGUCCCUCGACCCGCAGUACGACCUCAGUCAGCGUUUGGUCAUUCUUCUUCAUCUGGUCCUUCAGGAGGCGCACAAAUCCAUCAGUCCUCCUUCUUUCCCUCCUCAAACCCGUCCAAACGGAAGAACUUUUACAGUCCAGACAAAAGCGAUGGCAUUAGCGGCCAACAUGGAGGUCCAGGCGCAACCGAACCCCGCGCUGUGAGCAACUUCAAAACCGCCCGGGAGCAGUUCAUCGUCAAUCAGCAGAAGAAACACUCCUACCAGCCCCAGAGAGGUCACCCGCCUGGGAUGGCGGCGGCCAUGAAAAAGUCUCUGGGGGCCAACAGAUCUCGAGGGGCGUUCUCCAAGUUUGUGUCACCGAUCCCCCGGCCGGAGGACGAAGACGGCAGUAAAAACUCCAACCCAGAACCUCAAAUCCUGGACGAGCGACUGAAGAACUUUGAGCCAAAGAUAGUGGAGCUGAUCAUGAGUGAGAUCAUGGAUCAUGGCCCGCCGGUUGCCUGGGAUGACAUCGCUGGCCUGGAGUUUGCGAAGACCACCAUAAAGGAGAUUGUGGUGUGGCCCAUGCUGCGUCCCGACAUCUUCACCGGGCUCCGCGGGCCGCCUAAAGGCAUCCUGUUGUUCGGGCCCCCGGGAACGGGGAAAACGCUCAUCGGAAAAUGCAUCGCCUGCCAGUCCGGUGCCACCUUCUUCAGCAUCAGCGCCUCGUCACUAACGUCCAAGUGGGUGGGCGAAGGAGAGAAAAUGGUCCGGGCGCUGUUCGCCAUCGCCCGCUGCCACCAGCCGGCGGUGAUUUUCAUCGAUGAGAUCGACUCCCUGCUGUCCCAGCGGACGGAUGGGGAGCACGACUCGUCCCGCAGGAUAAAGACGGAGUUCCUGGUUCAGCUGGACGGCGCUGCCACGGCAGCCGAUGAUCGCAUCCUGGUGGUCGGUGCCACCAACCGGCCCCAGGAGAUCGACGAGGCCGCGCGGCGCCGCCUGGCAAAGCGCUUGUACGUCCCCUUGCCCGAAGCCGGCGCCCGGCGGCAGAUUGUGACCAACCUCAUGGCGCGGGAGAGAAACCACCUGAGAGGACAGGAGCUGGAGUGCGUGGUGGCAGCCACAGAGGGUUUCUCCGGCGCCGACAUGACCCAGCUGUGCCGGGAAGCCGCCUUGGGCCCCAUACGCAGCAUCCAGCUCAACGAUAUUGCCACCAUCAGCGCAGAUCAGGUGAGGCCGAUUCUCUACGCCGACUUCCAGGAGGCCUUGAAAACGGUUCGACCCAGCGUGUCGGCUAAAGACCUGGAGCUGUACGAGGACUGGAACCAAACCUUCGGAUGCGGACGGUGAACUCAUCUGCCUCCGCUUGAGACCAGGAGGUUCUUUUUCAAAGAGCAAAUAAAAUCUUUGAGUGCUGGAAGACAUUACCUCUGAGUUCAUGUUAAUAACACAAAACAGAAAAGAAAAUGUAUUUCUUUUGAGUUUGAUACACAGUGCAAAAAUAUAGAAUAAAUUCAGUGGUUAAAAAGGAAUUCUUCCUCAGAAAAUUUCUAAUUUAUGCUUCCCACAGAAAGAACAUUCUCUCCUUCUGUCAACAGGUGGGGGAGGGACUGAAUGCUAAAUGCAGUCAGGACAUUUCUUUUACUGGCAUCUCUUCAUUUUAUGCACAUUUCAGCAGUUUUUAUACCAUAGUAAUGAUAAAAACUCUACUUAGGCAGACCGUGGUACCAGUAACUGGGCAGUUACCAGUUAGCACCUUUAUGGUGGUUUUGUGACUGCAGUGUUUAAGUUACCAGCAGGGCGGCGCUUGGAGGUAUCUGAAUUUGAUCAGGUGAAAAUCUUAAAGCUGUGGUUGUGAAAUGCAACAAAUCCACCUGAAAAGCUUUGGAUAUUAAACUUUAGCUAAAGGAUUUAUCGCACCAGCUUCUAGAAAUAGUUCCUCACAUUGAAUCCAGUUUGCUGCUCAGAUGUUUGGUUUUUCCUGCUCUAUAUUUGGAUGAACUUUCCUGAAGGUUUUUGGUUUGGUCUUUCAACUCUUUUAUUUUGAAACCUUGAGUUUCUGUUUUCUAUUGUAACGUGAUUUGAAGUUCGUGUUCAGCACCUUGUUGGCUUCACAGAGCAUGUUCCACCUUUUAGUUUUUAUUUUUUGAAAAGCAUGAAUGUUGUUAGGAAUAUUUGCUCAAAAUGUCACAUAAAAAUAUAAAUUUCAUAUCUGUAAAGAUUAUAACCCAGAAUAAAAAAUGAAAAAAC